AUGGGGUACAGCAGAGCGGCCUGGCAGAUGGCCCGUGUGUGGGAGUCCCUUCAGGUGGACAGCGGCCACCAGAGGGCCCCCAGCUGCGUCCACGGGCCCCCAGCUGCGUCAACGGGCCCCCAGCUGCGUCAACGGGCCCCAGGUGCGUCCAUGGCACCCGCCCCGGACGCCCAGCUGCGUCCAGCCCUGAUUUCCCCGCGCGGAAAUUGGCGCUGCGAGCGGAGGAACAUAAAUAUCAUCACAUUUUUGACAGAAAAAUUGAAGGCCACAAGCACAUCUGGCUCCCAGCAGGCCACAAGCCCAUCUGGCUCCCAGCAGGCCACAAGUGCAUCUGGCUCCCAGCAGGCCACAUGUGCAUCUGGCUCCCAGCAGGCCACAUGUGCAUCUGGCUCCCAGCAGGCCACAAGUGCAUCUGGCUCCCAGCAGGCCACAUGUGCAUCUGGCUCCCAGCAGGCCACAUGUGCAUCUGGCUCCCAGCAGGCCACAAGUGCAUCUGGCUCCCAGCAGGCCACAAGCCCAUCUGGCUCCCAGCAGGCCACAAGUGCAUCUGGCUCCCAGCAGGCCACAUGUGCAUCUGGCUCCCAGCAGGCCACAAGCACAUCUGGCUCCCAGCAGGCCACAAGCACAUCUGGCUCCCAGCAGGCCACAGGCCCAUCUGGCUCCCAGCAGGCCACAAGCACAUCUGGCUCCCAGCAGGCCACAAGCACAUCUGGCUCCCAGCAGGCCACAGGCCCAUCUGGCUCCCAGCAGGCCACAGGCCCAUCUGGCUCCCAGCAGGCCACAAGCACAUCUGGCUCCCAGCAGGCCACAGGCCCAUCUGGCUCCCAGCAGGCCACAGGCCCAUCUGGCUCCCAGCAGGCCACAAGCCCAUCUGGCUCCCAGCAGGCCACAGGCCCAUCUGGCUCUCAGCAGGCCACAAGCCCAUCUGGCUCCCAGCAGGCCACAGGCCCAUCUGGCUCUCAGCAGGCCACAAGCCCAUCUGGCUAA